AUGCCGAAGCGCUCCAAGGUCGCAGGGCCUUCGACGUCGCCCGAAGCGCAAGAUGAAAUCUCGGCGCUCGAAUCAUCCUCUCGUCCCAGCGCUGCUGUCAAAUUACGACCUUCCAAACGCGCGGGUUUGCCACCUACCGCCGAGGAGAGCAGGUUAGCGAGCUCCCUGUUUGGCACGCCUGCUUCGAAUGACGGGCGCCAAGACGAACGGAAGAGGCGAAGGCUUGAUGCGCUGGAGCAGAAGGAGACGGGCAGGGAACAUGUCUUGGAUGAGGAUGUGAGUGGUCAACCAUGCGGGGGCUCGAGCGUUGCUCAUUGACCCUCGGCCCAUUUCGCAGCUCUUUACGAUUGAAGGCGUGGGAAGCGAAAGUGAACUGGAGGAGGAGAAAGAGCGCAGCGGAGACUUUAGCGAUGACGGCGACGACCAUACCGAGGCUACAGAGCUUGAGGAUGAUGCCGCACACGGCGAGUCUGAUCAUGAAGCAAAAGAAGGGGGCGCACUUCAAUCAGACUCGGACUCCGCAGAAGAAGGCGAAGAAUCAGAUCCUCGCAUACUUCCAACGACGACUCGGCGACCUGCCUGGACUGAUUCGGCACUCUCAUCACUACAAGUGGCGCUGGCGGGCCCAUCUGCUCGCGCUAUGGAUGGCUCUUUCGUGGGGACAAAGCGGCUGAGGAAGUUGCGAAAUGAUCCUGAUGAGACGCACGUCUCCGGCGUAGAGUACGAGAGGAGGCUUCGAGAGAUGUGAGUGUAGGCUCAUCAGCAGUCACCGGACUCAGGCUUUGGAAGCUCGGUUGAGCCCGCCCAAUGCCUGAGACUGCGAGUAAAUUGGCGGUCAAUGCAGGUCAAGUGGCAUUGUGUCUGACCCGAUUUCGCUUGGCCUCUAUCAUCGCAGGUACGAGCGUUUACAUCCUCGACCAGCGUGGGCAAAGCCCGCUGCAAGCGCUUCCAACAACGUCACGAAUGCAGCGUUGUCCUCUCUACUCUCAAAAGCUGGAACGCUGGUUAGGCCCACCAAGCAGACCAAGCAAGCACCUCUCCCCCGAGAGAAGAUUCAGCUGCGAAGAGCUAGGGAUGCGAAUCAGGUCGUAACUUCUUCUGCGGGUCAGGAUGGAGCAGCAGCUCUGGCUGGCAUCGAGUGCAUUGAUUGGCACCCCUCGACGAGGACCAGGUUGAUGCUCACUGCUAGCAGAGAUAGGAUAGUCAGGCUCUUUGAGGUGAGACAUGGCAGUGAUUGCGACUUGUAUCUUCUAGGCUAAGAAGUCAGUUCUCUGCUAUCGCGUUCAGAUUGACGGCACGACAAAUCCCCUCUUGCAGUCGUUAUCUGUUCCAUCGCUACCCUUGACCCGUGCUUCUUUUCAUCCCAGCGGCAGCAGCAUCUUGCUUGCGGGUCCACGGCCGUACCUUUACGCAUACGAUCUCCAAUCUGGAAGAUCGAUUCGAUCGACACCAUGGAGAGGUGGUGGAGCGCACAGCGAUGCGGAUAGCGCUGAACGAGAUCUGAGUUUUGCUAGGUUCCAACCCGAUCGUGCAACAGGUGGCAGUGGCAGACUGUUGGCCGUUGGAGGCAGAAGAGGUGCUGUUCAUCUGCUGGACUGGGGAUCUGGAUCGUCCGGAGGAGGUGCGGCUGGGGGAGGAGGGGCGGGUCUGGCGUCCACGCUGAGAUCCAACUCUGCCGUGUGUGGCAUGUCGUGGGAUCAGAGCCCGAGCGCCGGAGGCAAUCGAUUAUUGACGCUAAACCAGGGCGGUACGGUGCACGUGUGGGACGUGAGAAGUAUGAGGGCGCAAGUGGAAAGGAGGGAUGUGGACCUGUUCGCUCCCAAAGGACUCGAAGGAAACUGCGACGCCACGCUCUGGGCAGCUGGAAGCGAAGGAGGCGUCGUAUCUAUCUAUGACAAAGAACUUGCAAAGGUGGAUAAGGGGCAGGAUGAUGCGGCGCACAUUGGCACCGUGUCGGCCAGAAAGACCAUCGAAAACCUCAAGACCAGCAUUACUAGCAUGAAGUGGAACCACGAUGGAUCAGUAUUGGCCUUAGCAAGCAGGAACGUCAAGGAUGCUCUGAGGCUGGUGAGUGUCGCCGUGAUGCGCGCUCAGGCGGUUUCAUUGAAGCCACACUGACAGUCUCGAUCCGAACCCCCUCUCUCUCAGGUGCACGCUCCUACCCUGACAGCCUUUUCGAAUUGGCCAACUUCCAGCACUCCUUUGGGACACGUGACCGAUUUAGCCUUUUCCAACGCUUCCGAGUACCUUGCUGUGGCCAACAGCCGUGGCAAGGUGCUCCUGUAUGCUCUUUCACACUACAAUGCUUGA